UCAGAGCAAAAAGAAUAUGGCCUGGCUAAGAAAAGUAAACAUUAUUUUCAUCCUUUUGCUUCACCUCCAAUUGGCCGAAUUGGUAGUACACAUUGACGAUGGCGAUGGCCCUGAGCACUUGAACCCCAGAUUAUAUCAGCAGAAGAGGCAUAGAAGUUGGGACUUGGAGGAGGACCAGGACAAAGAUCAGGAUCAGUGGCAGAUCGAUACCUAUAUGGAGUCGCGAUCGGGCAUCUGUUCCGCCGAGAAUGCUCACGAUGUGAGAUACGAAAAGAACAAUCGGUGCAAAGGACCCAAGAAAAUUGCCAAGGAUGAGGACGAUGAUGAAGAGGAUGCCGAUCCAGCUGCCAAUGGCGAUGAGGAUGACGACGAUGAUGACGAGGAGGAUGGCGAUGAUGAGAACGAUGAGGAUGGCAAUGAAAUCAGCAUGGAGGAUGAAGCCUUUGUGGAGAGGAUCACCUGUCUGCUGGGAUCCCUCCACAAGCACACCAAAGCAAUGACCGAUAAUCUCAAGAUCCUGCAAUCGCGUUUGGGUCCAAAGAAGAACACAUCCCCGGCUACCAUGUGUAGGAAAAAUAACUUUGGCACUAGGCUUUCGGUUCAUCCCAAUGCGAAGUGGUUCAAGAAACCGGAUUUUUACGGGGAACAAGAGCCGUGUGGUGAGGAAAAAUGUAAUGCCCAGGAGAGCAUGGAACUCGAGGAUAGCCAACACAACCAACAGCCCUUGAGUGAGGAUCAGCGUAUCAUCGUACCGCCACUUUUACAAUUGAUCCACGGCGCUGCAUCGUUGCAAUCCCACUUGAAGGGCCGCCAGGAGACCACGGGAUCAAGGCCAAGAUAUUGGAUGCCCUCGAGGGAAGCUCCCGAAGACCUGCAGGCCCCAUUAAAUUCAUUCCCUGAAGAUAAAGCUCUACUGCGGUACGAGGAAUACGAGGCGAGAUUGAGGAACCUGAUGGACAAUCGUGAUGCCAUCGAGCGGAAUGUUAUGAAGAUGAUUAGCCCGCGGCGUUAG